AUGAAUUCUUUCUUUUGGCAAGAAAUUCCAUGUUAACCUUAACCACAGGUGACCAUUUGAGGAUGCUGAUGGAUAAUGUAGUGAAGGGCAUUCCUCUGGGACAAUCUGUUGUUGGAAAGCUGUCACAGGAUAUUGUUGCUGCAUCAUCUAACCCCUCAGUAAAUGCAAAUCAGCAUAUAUACCUCUUUUCCUGUGUUUUAGAGUGCAUUAUACAUCUUUCUUUAGUUCAUAUUAAGAAGAAAUUCUGAUUUUCAUUUACAUGCUGCAAAUUGUAGAAAGAUAAAUGAUGAUUUUAAGUCACAGGUUCUGGUUGAAAUCUUACCCAAAGAAUUGCUCGAAUGGAAGCUACAAAUGCUGAAAUCUGCUUCUGCAUAUUCCAACUCUCAUCUCCAUGCCACAAAAGCUGAAGUGCUAUUACUUUGCAGUGGAAGAGAUCAAUUGUUUCCUAGUGAAGAAGAAGGUGAAAGACUAUGCCAUGCACUCCCAAAUUGAAGGUGGUAUUGAUUUGGUAACAAUCAUCAAGGGAACUAGCUUCUAUCAUUGUGGAAAAUACCAUGACUGUUGUCAGAUUACAUGCCACCUACACCUCCUGAAUUCUAGAAGUUAUAUGAAUCAAAUAGAUGGUUAAAUGCUGCUCUUAGCUCUGUGAUGCUCUCAACUACCGAGGAUGGGAAGGUGGUGAAGGGCCUUGCCAGGGUUCCAUUGGAGGGACCCGUCCUGUACAUUGGUUAUCACAUGUUACUGGGACUAGAAGUUAUUUCCUUGGUAUCUGAAUUUCUUACUCAGAGAAAUAUCCUCUUGCGAGGGAUAGCACAUCCAUUGCUGUUUGAAAGAUUGAGAGAAGGCAGGUUACCUGAUGUAUCAACCUUUGACUCAAUAUGAUUAAUGGGGGCAGUUCCUGUUUCAGGAACAAAUUUCUACAAGCUUAUGUCUUCAAAAUCUCAUAGCCUGUUGUUCCCUGGAGGGGUGGGCGCUGCUCUUCACAGGAAGUGAUCAAACGAAGAUACCUUACUUUAGGGAUUUUAUAGAAGAUUUGACAGAAGAGGCUGUGUUAUUGAGAUGGCAAGGUGUCAAACCAACAACUUUACCAACCAUGACUGGCACCAAGGUUUCCAGGAAUAUAUUAUUUUGAUUUUGGGAAACCAACUGAAACCCAAGCCAAACUCAUGUUUAUUUUAAAUUGGAAAGCAAACCCAUAGACCCAUAUUUUUGCAGCUUCAAUUGAUCUGGGUUCUUAUGAAGUCUUUUGGGUUGUUUUAUUUUGUUUUGUUUUCAUACAAAUUGGUUGGGUUCUUUCUUUCUUUUUCUUUUUGUUUGGCCAUCUUGAUUUCGUUUGUUUGUUUCUUUUUCAAUCUUCUUCUUUUUAUUUUAAUUUUUUUUAUUAAAUACAAAUUGAUUCCUUUG